AUGUCACCGGAGAGCAACACAAUGUUCGAGGAAAAACUCAUCGUUGGUGUGGCUUCGGCCUGCUCAAUCCUGGCCAUCGCUGCCUGCUUGAUCGUGGUCCCGUCGCUCUACAACACCAUCAACGAGAUUCACGAUGAGGUCCUCGAAGCUGUUUCUGUGUUCCGCGUCGAGACUGACUCUGCUUGGAGCCAAAUGAUGGACUUCCAAGUCACUGUCGCACCACCGUCAAAGCCACGUGAGAAUCCAUUCGGCUCCAUCUUCCGAUCGAAGAGACAGGCCGGUCUUCCUUCUUACUGCCAGUGCACGACUCCAACGGUCAACUGCCCACCUGGACCACCUGGACCUCCUGGACGACCUGGAGCGCCUGGACAGCCCGGAGCACCUGGCCAACCUGGUAACGACGCCACUACCACCUACGCUCCCAUCAACUGCCCACCUCCCAACACCGGUUGUGUUCAGUGCCCAGCUGGUCCUCCAGGACCACCCGGACCGAGUGGAGCUCCUGGAAACAAAGGACCUGAUGGUAAUCCAGGACGUCCUGGAGGACCCGGCAGAGGGACCCUCCCGCGCGAGAAUGCUGAGCAUCCGGGAGAAUACCUGAGGAUCGCUGCUGACAGCCUGGAGAGCCUGGAAGACCUGGUACUAGUGGAGCUGGGACACCUGGAAGACCAGGACCUGCUGGACCCAUCGGAGCUCCAGGAAAAGCCGGAGGACGCGGAAAUAACGGCGCUCCUGGAAAAUGCAGGACCGGGCGCUGGUCGGGGCGCCUUCAUGGUCAGUCAGCCAGGAGGACCAGGAAACCCUGGAAGAGAUGGUCAGCCCGGAAGAACUGGAAACCCUGCACGUCCAGGAGGCGAUGCUGCUUACUGCCCAUGCCCACCUCGCUACGCCAAAGCUGCUGCUCGUCGUGCUCGUGUCUGA